AUUCCUGCAGUAGUGCGCUGAAGAGGAGAAAGUAGGCGAGGAUGGCGACUACUACGGUGAAUCCGAGCAUGAUGUGGGAGACGACCCCGGAGAUGAAUGUGACGAAGGAUCUCCCGGCCCAGAAGGAGGCGAGGAUGGUGAAGAAGAAGAAGAGGAACCCAUGGAGGCCGCCGAUGAGUCCCACCGUCCAGAAAGGUAUGGCGACAAAGGAGAUGGAGAGGACGAUUAAGGAAGGGAUGGAAAUUAUGGAGUGGGCGAGGACGGAUGGCUUCGAAGCAAGUGUAGAAGGUGGUGGACAUGGCGAAGGCAAAGAACCCAUUUUGUUCUUGAACCCCUUUGGGGGAAUUGUCCAAGUGCCAAAACAUCGUCGCCAAGAUGAAUCCGUGUUGGGUUCCGUCGAACCCAGCACUGGGUUCGAUGGAACCCAGAUCUGGGUUCCGUCGAACCCAGCUCUGGGUUCCGUCGAACCCAGCUCUGGGUUCCGUCGAACCCAGCUGGGUUGGGUUCCAGCGAACCCAGCCCUGGGUUUGAUGGAACCCAGCACUGGGUUCCACCGAACCCAGCACUGGGUUCCACCGAACCCAGCACUGGGUUCCACCGAACCCAGCACUCGGUUCGACCCAGCACUCGGUUCGACCCAGCACUGGGUUCCACCGAACCCAGUGCUGGGUUCCACCAAACCCAGCAGAGGGUUCGAUGGAACCCGAGGAAGAAGAGGAAGAAGAAAGAAGAAAGAAGAGGAAGAAAGAAGAAAGAAGAGGAAGAAAAAAAAGAAAAAGAGAAAAGAAGAAGAUUAAGGAAUUAUUUUAUUUUAUUUUUUAAAAAUAUAAAUAGUAAUAAUUGAG